CCGCUCCCCUUUGUGCUGGAGAAGAUGGCGGCGCGGGCGGGAUUCCAGUCGGUCACUCCCAGCGCUGGCGGGGCCGCCGCUGCCGGGGCCGCUGCGCUGGGCCCGGGCACCCCGGGCGGGCCGGUGCGCAUGGGCCCGGCUCCCGGCCAGGGCCUGUACCGCUCCCCGCUGCCGGGAGCCGCCUACCCGCGCCCCGGGAUGUUGCCGGGCAGCCGGCUGGCGCCGCAGGGCCCGGCCAUGGGCCCGCCCGGCUACGGGAGCCCCGCGGUGCGGCCCGGGAUGGCGCAGCCCGGCCUGGACCAGGCCCGCAAGCGGCCGGCGCCGCAGCAGCUCCAGCAGGUGCAGCCGCAGCCCGUGCCCAACCGCAACCACAACGCUAAAAAGAAGAAGAUGGCUGACAAAAUUCUACCUCAGCGGAUUCGUGAACUUGUACCCGAGUCUCAGGCCUACAUGGACUUGCUGGCUUUUGAAAGGAAAUUGGACCAGACGAUCAUGAGGAAACGCUUGGAUAUCCAGGAGGCUUUGAAGCGACCCAUUAAGCAAAAACGAAAGCUGCGUAUUUUUAUCUCCAAUACCUUCAAUCCAGCCAAGUCCGAUGCAGAGGAUGGCGAAGGAACAGUCGCCUCCUGGGAGCUGCGGGUGGAGGGACGGCUGCUGGAAGAUUCUGCUCUGUCCAAGUAUGAUGCCACCAAGCAGAAAAGAAAGUUCUCAUCCUUCUUUAAAUCUCUGGUCAUUGAACUUGAUAAAGACCUGUAUGGCCCUGACAAUCACCUGGUAGAGUGGCACAGAACCGCUACGACUCAGGAGACAGACGGCUUCCAGGUGAAGAGGCCGGGGGACGUCAACGUGCGCUGUACCGUCCUCCUGAUGCUGGAUUACCAGCCUCCCCAGUUCAAACUGGAUCCCCGCUUGGCUCGUCUGCUGGGGAUUCACACUCAGACCCGGCCGGUGAUCAUCCAGGCCUUGUGGCAAUACAUCAAGACCCACAAGCUGCAGGACCCCCACGAGCGGGAGUACGUCAUCUGCGACAAAUACUUGCAGCAGAUAUUUGAAUCUCAGCGGAUGAAGUUCUCUGAAAUCCCACAAAGACUUCACGCCUUGCUUAUGCCCCCAGAACCGAUCAUCAUUAAUCACGUCAUCAGUGUCGACCCAAACGACCAGAAGAAAACAGCCUGCUAUGACAUCGACGUGGAGGUGGACGAUACCUUGAAAACUCAGAUGAAUUCUUUUCUGCUGUCCACAGCCAGUCAGCAGGAAAUUGCUGCUCUGGAUAACAAGAUUCAUGAAACAAUAGAGACAAUUAACCAGCUGAAGACGCAGCGUGAGUUCAUGCUGAGCUUUGCCCGAGAUCCUCAGGGCUUCAUCAACGACUGGCUCCAGUCCCAGUGCCGAGAUUUAAAGACAAUGACUGACGUUGUUGGGAAUCCUGAAGAGGAGCGCAGAGCCGAGUUCUACUUCCAGCCGUGGGCGCAGGAAGCCGUCUGCAGAUACUUCUACUCCAAGGUGCAGCAGAGGCGGCAGGAGCUGGAGCAGGCGCUGGGAAUCCGUAACACAUAGGCUGCUCGGCUCUUCCCGGGCCAGAAGGCAUCGCGGUAUUUGUGGAGACCGCUGCAGAGUUCACUGUUCAGGCUCACACAAUCCCACUCCGGCAGCGAGACCAUCGUUAUUCAUCCUGGCAUUGUCCCUCUUGGGGCAGCUCCAGGACACCUGGGAUCUUCUGGAGUGUGACAAGCAGACAGGCUCCAACAAACACACAUUUCUACCUGAUUUUCUUCCUGACUGUUGCCUUGUCAGCCGCAAGGCUUCUGAGAGCCUCCCUGUGACUCCGUGUUGCCCGUAGUGUCCCCGUAGCCAGUACGACCGCUGACUUGGAGCCUUUCUCACAUUCAGAAACCACAGCCUGUUCUUCCCCAACUGGUGGCACACGUGAGACCUGGAUCUGCGCUAAGGGGGCAGUUCUGUGGCCGCUCUCCUCCCCACCUCGUUUCACAGCAAGGAGCCACGGGCAGGAUGCCGUGAGCUGACAUACCUCCCUGCCCUCCCUCGCUGCUACACCGGGCUGCCUCACGGGUCACUCUCCUCCUUGAAGAAGUUACUGGACUGUGUAGAGAAACGCUUCUUCCCUUCUCCCUCUUUCCCUUUGUGUUCUUUGACAGAUCCCUGCUGGGAUCACAGGGGACAUGAGCUUCCUGCUGGGAUGUGGAAGCACCGGAGCGUUGGGACUUGUCUGUGCUUCACAAGACUGACACUUGCGGUUCCAGCAAGUCACUCAUGUCCUUCUUUUCCCUGUAGCAGCAGCUGCCCGGCGCAAUCGUGCAUUGUGGGCUCAUUCCUUUGGGACAAUUGUCCUGUGUCACUUGCUGUGGGGACCAGAGGCUCCUUGGUGUGGAUCUGAGGGUGUCACGGGACAGUCCUGGGGAGCAGAUGGAGCUCCAAGCAUGCGCGAGUUCACAGGUGUUUCUGUGCUGAAGCUCCUGUGAUUUUUAGUCAAGUUUAGGUUCUGAGGCUGCCCUAAGGCCCAGCAUGGUUCAGGAAUGUACAAGUAGCUUUUAUCUACUGUGAGGAGCAGCAGCCCAAAUGCCUCUUCACGUAAUGAAUUACUAGUGAACUAGCGGUCAGGGCUAAGAGUGGCUUCUGACCCUGAUCUCAGUAUUUUUGCUCGGGACUGUAACCCAAACGGACUCAAAGUUGGUCAUAUUCUCUUGGAACAGCUGCAAUGUCAUGUUACUGACAAACCACCUCAUCCCUACACCCGGCUUUGGGGUGGUUGUGAUGAAUUUGGGAGCCUGGGUGGCCCUACUCCAUGUGUCUGUGUUAUACAUGUCUGUGAGUAAUAGACUCACCGUCCCUUCUUUGCCCCCUUAGGAAACGGCUCCUCUGUGGCACUGGGGAGACGGUCUCGGUGCUGGUGAAGCAGCCCCUGGCUCCUCAGGGUCCUCACAUGUGAAGGAUGCUGCGUAGGCAAACAGCUGAUGCAGAGUAACUGCUUUUCUUAACUGAAUAUUCUGGUUUUUGCCAUGGACCAAAACAUUUUUUUUGUACUGUAUCCUUGUAGACGUCACCCAGUUUUAAUAAAAGCCUCCUGUGAAGGAA